AUGCAAGGUAAAAAUCAAAUGCAUCAGCGCUUUGGGAAUCUACGCCAAGCACAAAGUUUAGAUAAUAUUCCAAGAUCAUUUGAUAGUUUCUACUGCGAUGUCAAUGAGAAGUACCAUAGCGAUUCAAGACGAAGACAAAGCAGACGCGAUGAGAACGGUGCAGUUCAUGGAUCACAUCGUGCCGCCGAAUGUCGCUGUUCUCCCAUCGCGAAGCAGCAACAACUAUUAUACGGCUCGGGAUUUACAAAAUCAAUGAACUGGCCUCAAAUGAGCCGUUCAAUAUCUUCUUUCGGCCAAAACAGCGUUCGUUCAAAUUUUUAUCAUCAACAUGCAAAAGAAGGCUUUGUCUAUUGGCCAACUGAUAUUCUUAAGGACAAUCACAGAAAGAAACCGAAGAUUCGUCCACAUCAUUCACCAUCACCACCAACACUGAAUUCCUCCACCUCAUCCAAUAACACCAAGGCUGGCGAGGAAUCCCGUUCUAUCGAUCCAACAUCACAAAACCUCAACUCCUUGCCAACAAAAGUCAUCAUUCCACAACCCCAAAUUCAACCAUCCACCACCCCCAAUCUCAUCUUCUCCACCAACACCACGAACAUCAUCGAUAGCUCCGACAACAGCAGCAAUAGUAAUAAUGAAAACCUUAUGUUUGUUUUAUCACUUUCGUGA